UCCUCUGUUUCCAUUGGGAUAUCUGAUAAUUCUGGAAUGGAUUUCAGCCAGUCUCCCAGGGGAAGAGACACGAAUAUCCUCACAGAAGUGAGAGAAGAUGAAUUCAGAGAAUUCAGGCGCAACUCAGCAGUCAAUUUGAAUUACCUCAUUAAAAGCCGUGUGGUUCUGGAGGAUCUCCAGCCUGAGAUGUGGACAGAGGAACAUGAGCACAUUCUGGAUGACUUUAUCCAAGACACGAGACUGAGGAUUCUGACUGUGCACAUGGAUCAGUUCAGUGGACUACAGGUGCUCCUUACCACCCCACCACAGCCCACAGAUCAUCUCAUGUUUUUUGUCCGUAAGGAGAAUGGUGAGAUUACUGCAGAGAACUUUGUGCACAUUGUUCAGUUUGGAACCAUCCGGGGAGGCUACCUGGAGAGUCUGCUCAGGCAUAUGUUGGGCAUCUAUGCUCCACAGUUCCUGGAAAACCGAACGUGGCCUGAUAGUCUUAAGAACAAUUUUUCAGCACAUCUGCACAAGUUCCUUGCCAGCCUUACAGAUGCUCGCUACAAACUGGAUGGCCACACAGUCCUCUACAUCCCACUUGAGGGCAUGAAUUUGCCACCUGAUCAGGUUGCGAAGGAUAAAGAACUUGUACAGAGACUGGAAACUGCUGUUGUUCACUGGACUCGUCAGAUUAAAGAUGUACUAAGUGCACAGGAGGCUGUAGAGACGGGCGAGAUCUCGGGACCACUGGAUGAGAUUGAUUUCUGGCGCAACCGGUGUGAUGAUCUUUCGGGGAUUGGUUUUCAGUUGGAUAAAGCUGGUGUCAAACACAUCCAGUCUAUCCUCGAACUUUCCAAAUCCUCUUACAUUGCUCCCUUCCUCAAACUAGCCAAGCUUAUCCAGGAUGGACGUUCACAGGCCCAGUCAAACCUCAGCUUCCUGGCUAUCCUUACAAGCCCCUGUGGGGAGCUGGUGAAGCUGAAAGUCAAAGACAUUCCAGCCAAGCUGCCUCACAUCCUCAACCUCAUCCGGAUCAUCUGGGUUAACUCAAAGUUCUACAACACCAGGGAUCGCAUCACCGCACUCUUCCGUAAAGUGUGUGACUGCCAGGAGUUCUUUGCCCGAUGGGAAGAUGGUGAGCAGAUACCCCUGCCCUGUUUUGGGGGGCAUCGUGGUCCUGAAAUAACUCGGAGUCUCCUAGAGAUUGAAGCCACCUUCGACAAAAUCCUACAAUUGCUAAAAGUCAUGAAGAACGAAAUCCUGGAUGUUAAGAAUACAUUCUGGCACGAUGAGUACAGUAGGUUCCGUUCAGGUAUCAAAGAUCUGGAAGUAAUGAUGCAGAAUCUGAUCUCAUCCUCGUUUGAAACCAUGACUACAGUACAGCAUGGAAUAGAGUUCCUAGAUGUAUUCCAGCGUCUUGCUAACCGUGAGACCAUCAAACGGACCAUUGAUAAAAAAAUUGUGGAAGUCUACAUACUAUUCAGUGAUGAGCUGUCGCUGGUGAACAAAGACCUGAACAGGAAGGCCAUGCAUCUGGCCCCACAGAUGCCACGGUAUGCUGGCCAGGCUCACUGGGCCCGCUCUCUUCGGCGUCGGAUCGAUAGAUCAAUGGAGAUUCUGACCCAAGCCACAUUCCUGCCCAAAAUUGGAUUGGGUGAAGAGACGAAGGUGGUCUUCCAGACGCUGCAGCAGAGCCUGGAUGAAUUUGUGCGAAAAGUCUUCACAGAGUGGACAGUCAACAUAGACCGGGAAUGCAUGAAGCGCCUGGAGAGACCUCUGAUGAUUCGCAACCUCGAGGAUCGAGGCAAGCUCAAUGUAAACUUCGACAUGUACCUGUUGGAGUUGUUUGAUGAAAUCCAUUACUGGGAACGUUUGAACUUUGAGAUCCCCCACUAUGUUAUAGAGGUCUACCAGCGAAGGGAGGACCUCAGGAUGCUCCAAGAGCGUGUUCUCCUGGUUGUUCGUGAUUACAACAGGUUGGUGUGUGUUUUAACGAAAGAGCAGCGGAACCUCUUCCGAGACAGGAUCAAAUUUCUGGACAAGAAAAUAGCACCAGGUCUGUCGAAUCUUCAGUGGACAGCCAGAACACUGUCCAGCUACUUCAUUGAUGAUUGCCGGAUGCAAGCUAGACAGCUGCAGCUGACAAUUGAUGAAUACAAAGCGUCCAGUCAGUCAAUCAAACAAUAUGCCUAUCAGAUGAGUGAAAUGCUGCUGGUACAUAUCGACAGUAAGCGCACAUACAAUGACAAGGAGUUUGAAGAAGCACAGCAGGCACAUCAAGAAAACAUCCAGGCAAAACUAUUAAAACUACACAAGGAGAUUGUAGCAAUCAUGCGUCAGACAUAUCUGGUCUUUAAGAGCGAUGGAUCUGAGGUGCAGCAUUUUUGGUUGAAUUAUGCCAAAAAGGUUGAUCGAACAGUAGAAGAAGCCUUCAGACUGAACAUUAAACGGUCAUUGCUGGAGUUGUCCAAGGCCAUCAAUGGGGAUCCCAAAUCCACACCCAAUGCUCUCUUCAGGGUCAUGGUGACUCUUCUGGAUGACACUUCAGGUGGCCCGCCACAGGUGGAGUUUUCACCCACUCUAGCCAGGCUUGCAAGCACUGUCAACAGCGUCAGUUUUCAGAUUAAGAACACCCUUUCCAUCUUCAAACGUAUCCCAGAGUUACUGACCAGGAGGAAAUCUACACUGGUUCCUGUGUUCCAAAAUAUUGAGAAUGAUGACGAAAUUAGGAAGAUCCAAGGUAUGAUCAAUUCUGGCAUGGCGACCAAUGCUUCAAAUCUUCAGAACUAUCUGAAAACCUGGGACACCUAUCGUGAGAUCUGGGAGAUUAACAAAGAUUCCUUCAUCCGCCGUUACCAGCGCCUCAAUCCAGCGGUGUCAUCCUUUGAUGCAGACAUUGCCCGCUACACGGAAGUGGCCAACAAUGUCCAGAAGGAGGAGACCAUUGUGCAGAUUCAAUUUGUCCUUCUCGAUUGUUCUCCGUUAAAAUUCUCCCUUGUUCAGCACUGCAACGAGUGGCAAAAUAAAUUCACCACGCUGCUGAGUGAGAUGGCAAGCCACAUGCUGCUGGACUUCUGUCAAUUCCUUGAAGAAAAUGGCAACAAAGUAAGCCAUAUUCCUCAGAACUUGGAAGAACUGACCGCUGGGAUCCAGCACCUGGAGCAUCUUCAGAACGAACUCCCAAAGACAGAGGCACGCAUCAAUCCCAUCCAUGAACAGUUUAACAUCCUGGAGAAAUAUGAGUUCCAAAUUGAAGAAAGUGUCCAGCAGAGGCUGGAGUCAGUGAAUGGUGAAUGGCUCAACUACCAACAGGUGAUCAAUGACAGUGAGGCUAUGCUGAAGAGGCAAAAGGAAAAGUUCAGAAGUGGCCUCAUCCACUCUGCAGAAGACUUGAAGAAGAAGACUCAUAAUGCCAUUGAAGAUUUUAACAUGAGAGGUCCCUUUAGCAGUUCACUAAGCACAGAAGCUGCCCUGAGCAUGAUCAGCGAACUACGAAAUAACCUCAACCUCCUCAAGCAAGAGGAAGAAACCAUUCGCAAUGGCCUCAAUGUCUUCAAGAUUGAUCAGCCUGUGUCCAAAGAGCUGCAGAGCCUGGAGAAGGAUCUGGAUUUCCUGCAGCAAGCCUGGGAGGUCACCAAACAAUGGGAGGAAUCUUGGGCAGAGUGGAAAGGAGGCAAAUUCAGCUCUCUGCAGACACAGGUUAUGGAGAACACGGCCAUGGGAUAUUUCAGGAAACUUAACAAGCUGAGCCAGAUUCUCAAGGAUAAGAAUUGGGACAUUGUAUCUGCAUCAAAGAACAAGGUUCAGCAGUUUAAGAAGACAAUGCCAUUGAUUACAGACUUGAGAAAUCCAGCCAUGCGCGACAGACACUGGAACAGCAUUAAGGAUGAAGUGCAGAAAUUAUUUGACCAUACUAGUGACGAUUUCACCCUGGAGAAAAUCAUUGAGCUUGGCUUGGAGCAACACUCUGAUGCAAUCAACAGCAUCUCAUCUGCAGCUACUAAAGAGCUCUCCAUUGAAAUGGCUUUGGAAGGAAUAAAGAAAACCUGGGAAGUUACUGUUCUUGAUCUCAUGCCUUACAAGGACAAAGGGCAUUAUAAGCUGAGAGGAACUGAUGAAAUCUUUCAGGCCUUGGAGGAAAACCAGCUCAUGUUGUCGACCAUGAAAGCUUCUCCCUAUCUGAGGGCAUUUGACAAGCAAGUGGAUUAUUGGGAACGGUGCCUGUCUCUGAUUCUCGAGGUGAUCGAAAUGAUCCUGACUGUACAGAGGCAGUGGCUGUACCUGGAGAACAUUUUCCUUGGAGAGGACAUUAGAAAACAGCUUCCCCGGGAGUCGGCGGUGUUUGAGAACAUCGACGCACAGUGGAAGGUCAUAAUGCAUCGUCUGGUCCAGGAACCCAAUGCCCUUCGAGGAACCCAUCACCCAGGUCUGUUGGACACGUUGAAUGGUAUGAACGCAAAACUGGAAGAGAUUGAGAAAUCGCUUGACAUGUAUCUGGAGACCAAACGCCAGAUUUUUCCACGUUUCUACUUCCUGUCCAAUGACGACCUGCUGGAGAUCUUGGGUCAGUCCCGCAACCCACCGGCAGUGCAACCCCACAUGAAGAAAUGCUUCGACAACAUCAAAAGCCUCAAAAUGCAAAAGGUAGUCGGGACCACCACCAAAAUGGAAGCUGCCGGAAUGUUCGCCGCUGACGGAGAGUACGUGGAGUUCAAACAUCCCACCCUGCUCGAGGGCCCUGUGGAGGCAUGGCUCUGUGAUGUGGAACGCACCAUGCGCUUUACUCUCAAAGACCUGCUGAAAGACUGCCGAUUGGCUCUGAAGAAAAUGCUCACCAGGCGGGAUAAAUGGGUGAAGGAUUGGCCUGGUCAGAUGCUUAUCACUGCAAGCCAGAUUCAGUGGACCACUGAUGUGACCAAGGCUCUGAUGACAGCCAAAGAACAAGGCGAGAAGAAACCUAUUCGUGUUAUUAAAAGGAAGCAGGUGAGCAUGCUGCGCAAGUAUUCCGAAGCUAUCCGUGGAAAUCUCACUAAGAUCAUGCGCCUGAAGAUUGUGGCUUUGGUGACAGUGGAAGUUCAUGCGAGAGACGUUAUCGACAAACUGUACAAGCUGGGGUGUAUGGACGUGACUGCGUUUGAUUGGCUCAGUCAACUUCGCCUCUACUGGGACAAGGAUGUAGAUGACUGCAUCAUCCGUCAAACCAACACCCAUUUCCAGUAUGGGUACGAAUACCUGGGGAAUUCCGGCCGAUUGGUGAUCACUCCACUCACAGACAGGUGUUACAUGACACUGACCACUGCUCUCCACUUGCACCGAGGUGGAUCACCCAAAGGACCAGCAGGGACAGGAAAGACAGAGACUGUGAAGGAUCUGGGAAAAGCCCUGGGCAUGUAUGUGAUAGUGGUGAACUGUUCAGAAGGCUUGGACUACAAGUCGAUGGGCCGAAUGUACUCUGGCUUGGCACAGACUGGAGCCUGGGGGUGCUUUGACGAGUUUAACCGCAUCAAUAUUGAGGUGUUGUCUGUAGUGGCCCAGCAAAUCCUGUCUAUCCUGUCUGCUCUUUCUGCCAACCUGACACGCUUUGUCUUUGAGGGCCGUGAGAUUAACCUGGUCUGGUCUUGUGGCAUCUUCAUCACCAUGAAUCCAGGAUAUGCUGGUCGUACAGAGCUGCCAGACAACCUCAAGUCGAUGUUCAGGCCCAUUUCCAUGGUGGUUCCUGACUCAACACUAAUCGCUGAGAUAAUCUUGUUUGCAGAGGGAUUCAACAACUGUAAGGCCCUUGCUAAGAAAGUCUACACCCUUUACUCACUGGCCGUGCAGCAGCUGUCCAAGCAGGAUCACUACGACUUUGGCCUGAGAGCUCUCACCUCACUCCUCCGCUACGCUGGCAAGAAGAGGCGAGACAAGCCUCAGCUCUCUGAUGAGGAGGUCCUCCUGUUGUCCAUGAAGGAUAUGAAUAUGGCCAAACUAACCUCUGUGGACCUACCACUGUUUAGUGCUAUUGUCCAGGACCUGUUCCCAGGGGUGGAAACCCCAGUCUUGGAUUAUGGAAAGGCGAACAAACAGGUGAUUGUCCCCACCUCUGAAACAGUUGCCAAUUUGAACGAAACCUUUUCUGCGCUUGCAGAUGAGAAACCAGAUGAGAAGUGGAUCCUGUUUGAUGGACCUGUGGACACACUCUGGAUUGAGAGCAUGAACUCCGUCAUGGAUGACAAUAAGGUGCUGACACUGAUCAACGGAGAGCGGAUAUCUAUGCCAGAACAGGUUUCGCUGCUCUUUGAGGUGGAGAAUCUGGCAGUGGCUUCCCCUGCCACCGUGUCUCGCUGUGGAAUGGUUUACAAUGACUACUCAGACCUGGGAUGGCAACCUUAUGUUCAGUCCUGGCUGAACAAACGAGCAAAGGAUGAACAAGAGCAUCUGCAGGAAAUGUUUCAGAAAAGUGUUGAGAAGACAUUGGCAUACAAGAAAUUGCACUGCAAAGAGCUGAUUCCAAUUGCUGAGCACAGUGGAGUGGUUGCCCUGUGUAACCUGUAUGAGACCUUGGCUACAGUGGAGAAUGGGGUAAACCCAGGUGAUCCUGAUAACUACCUGCACAUGAUCGGGAUGUUCUUUGUAUUCAGUCUGAUCUGGUCUGUGUGCGCAGCUGUGGAUGAGGAAGGAAGGAAAAAGAUGGACAACUUCUUGAGAGAGAUGGAUGGCAGCUUCCCGAGCAAGGAAACCGUCUAUGAAUAUUACGUAGACCCAAAAACCAAAGUGUGGACCUCCUUUGAGGAAAAGCUGACAAAGUCAUGGCGGUAUCCGAACAACAUGCCCUUUUAUAAAAUCAUCGUGCCCACAGUGGAUACAGUACGGUACAACUUUCUGGUCAGCAACCUGGUGUCCAACCAGUAUCCUGUGCUGCUUGUGGGCCCAGUCGGGACUGGGAAGACCUCCGUUGGUCAGAAUGCACUCCAGACCCUGGACCCCAUAACGUGGUCGAUACUGACUGUGAACAUGUCUGCUCAGACCACAUCUAAAAAUGUCCAGGAUGUUAUUGAGAGCCGUGUGGAGAAGAGAACAAAAGGAAUAUAUGUUCCAGUUGGUGGCAAAAAACUCAUCACCUUCAUGGAUGACCUGAACAUGCCAGCCAAAGAUACAUUUGGCUCCCAGCCACCGUUGGAGCUUCUCCGCCUGUGGAUAGACUAUGGCUUUUGGUACGAUCGAGCCAAACAGACUGUGAAACACAUAAAGGACAUGUUUCUAAUGGGAGCCAUGGGUCCCCCUGGCGGAGGAAGAACAGUCAUAUCAGCUCGCCUUCAGAGCCGUUUUAAUUUGAUCAACAUGACCUUUCCUGCGACAUCCCAGAUCAAACGUAUUUUCAGUACACUGUUAAACCAGAAAUUGCAGGAUUUCGAGGAGCAAAUGAAGCCAAUUGGUAACGUGAUUACAGAUGGCACCAUUGAACUUUACAAUGCAGUUGUUCAGAAAUUCCUGCCAACACCAACAAAGAUCCACUAUCUCUUCAAUCUCAGGGAUAUUUCCAAGAUUUUCCAAGGGAUGCUUCGCAUCCACAAGGAUUACCACGACUCAAAAACAAGUAUCUCACGCCUGUGGGUCCAUGAAUGUUUCAGGGUAUUUUCUGAUCGGUUUGUGGAACAUAAGGACAUGGAACUGUUUGUGACGUUGCUGAAUGAGAAAUUAGGCACUUUCUUAGAUGUAACCUUCCACAGCCUCUGCCCAACUAAGCAGUCACCCAUCUUUGGCGACUUCAUACGAGGAGAUGUAUAUGAAGACCUAACAAACUUCAAGGCCCUUAAAAUGUACAUGGAGCACCAGCUGGAUGAGUAUAACUCCACCCCUGGGGUGGUGCCGAUGAGCCUCGUCCUGUUCAAAGAUGCUAUUGAACAUGUGACACGGAUUAUCCGUGUGAUCAGUCAGCCACGUGGCAACAUGCUGUUGGUUGGGAUCGGGGGAAGUGGACGGCAGAGCCUUUCUCAGCUAUCUGCCUUCAUCUCUGACUACAAUACCUACAAAAUCGAAGUUACUAAGGUCUACCGCAAGCUAGAGUUCAGAGAAGACUUAAAGAAAAUCUACCGUGAAGCUGGAGUUGUAAAUAACCCAACAAUGUUCCUGUUUACGGACACCCAGUUGGUUGAAGAAUCCUUUUUGGAAGAUAUUAAUAAUAUUCUGAGUUCCGGCGAAGUUCCGAACCUGUUCAAAGUAGACGAGUUUGAAGAAAUUAAAAAUGCAUUGUUAGAUGCAGCCAAGGAAGAGUCCAUACCUGAAACCAAUGAAAGAAUCUUCAAUUUUCUCAUGGAAAGAGUGCGUAGUAAUCUUCAUGUCGUGUUGUGCAUGAGUCCUAUUGGAGAUCCCUUCAGGAAUCGUGUACGCCAGUACCCAGCUCUAGUGAAUUGCACCACCAUCGACUGGUUUUCUGAAUGGCCAAGGGACGCUCUGCUUGAAGUGGCCGAGCGAUACCUGAUGAACGUGGAACUUGGAGGAUCAGAGGAGCUGCGCAGUAACCUGGCGCACAUCUUUGUGACCAUGCACCGUUCAGUGACAACAUAUUCUGAAAAAAUGUUGCUGGAACUGAAGAGGCACAAUUAUGUGACCCCAACCAACUAUCUGGAGCUGGUGUCCGGUUAUAAAAAGCUCCUGGAGGAGAAACGCAUAGAACUGAGCACUCAGGCCAACAAGCUGCGGAAUGGACUGUCGAAGAUUGACGACACCCGUGAUAAGGUGGAGGUGAUGUCUGUCGAGCUGGAGGAAGCCAAAAUGAAAGUGGCUGAGUUCCAGAAGCAGUGCGAGGAGUACCUGGUGAUCAUUGUGCAGCAGAAACGUGAAGCUGAUGAGCAGCAGAAGACUGUAAGCUCCCAUAGUGAGAAAAUUUCAGCAGAAGAGAUAAAAUGCAAAAUAAUGGCAGAAGGCGCUCAAAAGGAACUGGAUGAGGCCAUGCCAGCUCUGCAGGAGGCAACCAAGGCCCUGGAGUCGUUGAAUAAAAAGGACAUGACAGAAAUCAAAUCGUACGGCCGCCCGCCUGUCCUUGUUGAAACGGUGAUGCAAGCAGUCAUGAUCCUUCGAGGCUCAGAACCAACCUGGGCUGAGGCCAAGAAGCAGCUGGGUGAGGGAACCUUCAUUAAGCAGCUCAUUAAUUUCGACAAAGACAAUAUUUCUGACAAGGUGCUGAAGAAAAUUGGGACAUACUGUGCACAACCAGACUUCCAGCCAGAAAUUGUCGGUCGUGUGUCUGUAGCGGCCAAAUCUCUUUGUAUGUGGGUUCUGGCCAUGGAGCUGUAUGGCAGAUUGUAUCGUGUGGUGGAACCCAAGCGAAUUCGGCUGCGGGACGCUAUGGCACAGCUUGCAGAGAAGCAGGCGUUGCUCGCUGACGCACAGGCUAAGUUAAGAGAGGUGGCUGAGAAGCUGGAUACGCUGAAGAGACAAUAUGAUGAAAAGCUGGCUCAAAAAGAAGAACUGCGGAAAAGAUCCGAGGAGAUGGAGAUCAAACUGGAUCGUGCUGAUAAGCUGCUAUCUGGUCUAGCUGCAGAGAAAGUACGGUGGGAACAAACAGUGAAGGGACUGGAAUCAGAUAUGGGUUACUUGGUUGGAGACUGCCUGUUGGCCUCAGCCUUCCUCUCAUAUAUGGGCCCAUUCCUAUCAAACUAUCGUGAUGAUAUUGUUAGUGUCAUCUGGAUGAAGGAGAUCAACCAACGGGCUGUUCCCUGUUCACCUGACUUUGCGUUUGCAAACUUCCUAUCAAAUCCCACCACAGUGCGAGACUGGAAUAUCCAGGGCCUGCCAACAGAUGCCUUUUCCACAGAGAAUGGAGUCAUCGUAACUAGAGGCAACAGAUGGCCUCUGAUGGUGGACCCCCAGGGUCAGGCUCUGAAGUGGAUUAAGAACAUGGAGUAUUCUAAGGGACUGAAAGUGAUAGACUUUCAGAUGACUGAUUACAUGCGUGUGCUGGAGAAGGGAGUGCAGUUUGGAUCUCCUGUCUUACUCCAGAAUGUUCAUGAAGAAUUGGAUCCAUCACUCGCCCCCAUUCUCAAUAAAUCUGUCAGUAAAGCUGGUGGGCGACUGGUGAUAAAACUCGGAGACAAGGAAAUCGAGUACAACGAGGAAUUUCGAUUUUACAUUGCUACCAAGUUGUCUAAUCCACACUAUCCCCCAGAAAUCUCUUCCAAGACCACUAUUGUCAACUUUGCUGUUAAAGUGCAGGGCCUUGAGGCGCAGUUACUGGGCAAUGUGGUGAGGAAAGAACGGCCUGAACUGGAGGAGCAGAAAGAUUCGUUGGUGAUGAACAUUGCAGCUGGCAAGAAGAAACUGAAAGAACUGGAGGAUGAAAUUCUAAGACUCUUGAACGAGGCAACAGGCUCACUCCUCGAUGAUGUGCAACUUGUCAACACCCUGCAGACUUCAAAGGUGACUGCCACAGAGGUUGCAGAGCAGAUAGACAGCAGUGAAACAACGGAGGUGAAAAUUGACUCUGCUCGAGAGGGUUACCGCUCAUGUGCUGAGCGAGCUUCCAUCCUUUUCUUCGUGUUGAACGACAUGGGAAAAAUCGACCCCAUGUACCAAUUUGCACUGGAUGCCUACAUAGACCUCUUCAACCUGAGCAUAGAGAAGAGCAAACGCAGCCCCAAACUGCAGGAGCGCAUCAUCAAUCUCAACGAAUACCACACCUAUGCUGUCUACAGGUACACGUGCCGAGGGCUCUUUGAGCGACACAAGCUGCUUUUCAGUUUUCAAGUGUGCAUCAAGAUCCUAGAGGUGGCCGGGAAACUCAACAUGGAUGAGUACAAUUUCUUCCUGCGUGGGGGUGUGGUGCUGGAUAAAGAGGAGCAGAUGGACAAUCCUUGUCCUUCCUGGCUUGCUGAUGCCAACUGGGACAACAUCACAGAGCUUGAUAAAUUAACAAACUUUCAUGGUAUUAUGAACUCCUUCGAGCAGUAUCCCAAAGACUGGCAUGCCUGGUAUACCAGUGCUGAGCCAGAAACAGCUAUGCUGCCAGUUGAGUGGGAUAAUACCUGCAAUGAGCUCCAGCGCAUGCUGAUUGUACGAUCCUUAAGGCAGGACCGCAUCGCAUUCUGUGUGACCUCAUUCAUCGUCAACAAUCUUGGCUCCAAGUUUGUGGAGCCUCCUGUGCUGGACAUGAGAUCGGUCAUUGAUGACUCCAACUCCAGGACGCCACUGAUAUUUGUGCUCUCCCCUGGGGUGGAUCCCACUAACUCUCUGCUCCAGCUUGCUGAAUACUCUGGUAUGGCAAGUCGGUUCCUCGCUCUUUCGCUGGGUCAGGGUCAAUCCCCCAUCGCCACCCGUAUGAUUACAGAAGGCGUAACAGAAGGUAACUGGGUGUUCCUUGCAAACUGUCACCUGUCGCUCUCAUGGAUGCCCCAGUUAGAUAAGCUGAUAGAGCAGCUGCAAGUCCAGGAUCCACAUCCCGAUUUCCGACUUUGGAUAAGCUCCAGCCCUCACCCUGACUUUCCUGUCUCCAUCCUGCAGACCAGCAUCAAGAUGACAACAGAGCCACCAAAGGGCAUCAAAGCAAACAUGAAGCGUUUGUACAACCUUUUGACCGAUCAACAAUUCAAACGUUGCUCCAAACCCAGGAAGUACAAGAAGCUGCUGUUCGCCUUGUGUUUCUUCCACAGUAUCCUCCUGGAACGCAAGAAAUUCCAGCAGCUUGGCUGGAACAUUGUUUAUGGUUUCAACGACUCAGACUUUGAGGUGUCAGAAAACCUCCUGAGCAUAUACCUGGAUGAAUAUGAUGUUACACCCUGGGAUGCCCUCAAGUAUCUGAUAGCGGGGGUGAAUUAUGGAGGCCAUGUGACUGAUGACUGGGAUCGCCGGCUGUUGAGCACAUAUAUCAACGAUUACUUCUGUGACAAAGCAGUGACCACCCCUUACUACAAGCUUUCAAUUCUGGAUAACUACUACAUCCCGAAAGAUGGAGACCUGGAAUCCUACCGAGAGUAUAUAAACAUGCUGCCUACCAUGGAGCAUCCAGAGGCCUUUGGGCAACAUCCCAACGCUGAUGUGGCCAGUGAGAUCAUCGAGGCCCGCAGACUCUUCGAGACACUGCUGUCUCUCCAGCCACAGGUCACCACUGCUGUAGGCAAAGGCAUGUCCAGAGAGGAAAAGGUACUCGAGCUAUCAGCUGACGUGCUCCAGCGGACCCCUGAGGACCUUGACUAUGAGGGGACCCAGACGAUGUUGCAAGAAGACCCUUCUCCCUUGAAUGUGGUACUUUUGCAGGAGAUCCAACGUUAUAACAUUCUCCUCGACAUCAUCAGGACAUCCCUGACUGAACUCAAGAUGGCAAUCCAAGGGCUAGUUGUCAUGUCCACUGACCUGGAGGAAAUAUUCAGCUGUAUUCACGAUGCUCGUGUUCCUCCUUUAUGGGAAAUGGCCUACCCAUCAAUGAAGCAACUUGGAGCCUGGACACGUGACCUGGUUCACAGAGUGGAGCAGCUGGCCAGAUGGGCUGAGACCGCGCACCCACCUGUCAUCUUCUGGAUUUCUGGUUUCACCUUCCCUACAGGAUUCCUCACUGCCGUGUUGCAGCUUGCAGCCCGCAAGAACACAAUAUCAGUGGAUUCACUGUCCUGGGAAUUUAUAGUUUCUGUGGUCGAUGAUAAUAAUCUGUUGGAGCCACCCAAGGAUGGUGUCUAUGUGAAAGGCAUGUUCCUGCAAGGAGCAGGAUGGGACAAGAGGAACGCUUGCCUGGUGGAAGCUGAACCCAUGCAGCUGGUCUGUCCCAUGCCAUCCAUUCAUUUCAAACCGGUGGAAAACAAGAAAAAAUCCGGAAAAGGGAUCUAUUCCUGUCCAUGUUAUUACUACUCCCAGAGAUCUGGAAGCAGCCGACACACGUCGUUUGUGGUGGGGAUUGAGCUGAAGACUGGAGACAAGCCGUCUGAUCACUGGAUCAAACGAGGGACUGCACUCUUACUGAGUCUUGAUUAUUAGGAUCUUUCAGUAAUCCUCUCACUCUAACCUUUGAGGAGAAUGUGAUCAUCACCAGAAUGCUGCUACAUAACUGGAAGGGAAUACAGAAGUCAUUUCUGAGGAAUCCGAAGGGAAAUCUUGUUUGUAAAACCUUACCAGCACAGUGCAUUUCAUUGUUCCUUCUCGUGUAAUCACCAGUCCAGUUCCACAUUCGAAGGUAAUUUUUAAUUAGAUGCUGCACCAAUAAAUAUUUUUGUAACGUU